AUGCCACCCUCAAUUCAGAUGCCUCCACAGCCCAACAAGGAGGACCUUGCAGCUACGUGGAAUUAUCUGCAAGCGGGUAUCUCUCGAGUAAUGCACGCCCAAGACAUUGACAUGCAGAUUUAUGUUGGUAUUUACACCGCCGUUCACAACUUCUGUACCUCACAGAAGGUUAUGAGCACGUCGACAGGGGUUGGGCACCCGAAUGCUGCUCACAAAGGAGCGCAUCUUCUUGGGGAAGACCUCUACAACAAGCUCAUCGAGUAUCUCAAGGGCCAUCUUGAGGAACUCGUACAACAAUCUAAGGGUCAUACGGAUGAAGCUCUUCUUUCGUUCUAUAUCAAAGAAUGGGAUCGCUACACCGUUGCCGCCAAGUAUAUUCAUCAUCUCUUCCGGUACCUCAACAGACAUUGGGUCAAGCGCGAGAUGGAUGAGGGAAAGAAGGGGAUUUACGACGUGUAUACCCUUCAUUUGGUCAAGUGGCGCCAGGUUCUCUUCGAGCAAGUUCACACUAAGGUUAUGGACGCUGUUUUGAAGCUCGUUGAGAAGCAACGAAACGGCGAGACCAUUGAGCACAGCCAGAUCAAGGCCGUCGUCGACUCCUUUGUCUCCUUGGGUCUUGAUGAGACCGAUCCGUCUAAGUCGACGUUAGAUGUUUAUCGAUUCCACUUCGAGAAGCCUUUCCUCAAGGCCACAGCCGAAUUCUACCAAGCCGAGUCGAAGCAAUUCGUCAACGAAAAUAGUAUUGUCGAGUACAUGAAGAAGGCCGAGACGCGGCUCGACGAAGAAGAUGAGCGAGUUCGCACCUAUCUCCACCAGGAUAUUGCUGUACCUCUCAAGAACACCUGCCAUCAGGCUCUUAUCGCCGAGCACUCUGCGCUCUUGAGAGACGAGUUCCAGGUCCUACUGGAUAACGACCGCGAAGAGGACAUGGCUCGGAUGUACAAACUGCUCUCACGGAUCCCUGAGGGACUGGAUCCGUUGCGACAAAAGUUUGAAAGCCAUGUUCGAAAGGCGGGCCUGUCUGCUGUGCAGAAGGUGGCCUCGGAGGCCGAGAAGCUCGAGCCAAAGGUCUAUGUGGACGCUCUCCUCGAGACGCACACUAAGUACCAGGCUCUCGUGAAGAAGGCAUUCUGCGACGAGCCGGAAUUCACUCGGGCGCUGGAUAAUGCCUGCAGGGAAUUCGUCAACCGGAACGAAGUGUGCAAGUCUGGGUCCAACAAGUCUCCCGAGCUCGUUGCCAAGUACACCGAUGUGCUGCUGCGCAAGGGUGGCAACAGUGUUGAGGAGUCCGAGCUUGAAGCCACUCUUACGCAAAUCAUGACCGUUUUCAAAUACAUUGAAGACAAGGACGUAUUCCAGAAAUUCUAUUCUCGCAUGCUGGCUCGCCGACUUGUCCAUGGCAACUCGUCAUCGGAUGACGCUGAGACUAGCAUGAUCAGCAAACUCAAGGAGGCUUGCGGCUUCGAAUACACUAACAAGCUCCAGAGGAUGUUCCAGGAUAUGCAAAUCUCUAAAGAUCUCAACACCAACUUCCGCAACCAAGAGGCAGAAAAGGGAGGUGGAUCCACGUUGGAUUCUCAAUAUUCUAUCCUCGGUACCGGAUUCUGGCCCCUGCAGCCACCGACCACCAAGUUCAACCCUCCCGCCGAGAUUGCCGCCGAUUUUGACCGGUUCUACAAAUUCUACAAGGAGAAUCACGAGGGCCGAAAGCUGACAUGGCUCUGGAACCUGUGCAAGGGUGAGGUGAGGGCGCACUACUGCAAAGGGACCAAGACGCCGUACGCUUUCCAAGUAUCGCUAUACCAGAUGGCCAUUCUUCUCCUGUUCAACGAGCGGGACACAUAUAGCUACGACGACAUUGCGGCGACGACCCAGCUCAACCCCGAUGUGUUAGAGCAGGCCAUGGCAACGAUUCUCAAGGCCAAGGUGCUGUUAAUAUCCCCCGAAGGAAGCAAGGUGAAGUCGGGCGCUUCGUUUAAGCUCAACACCGACUUCAGGAGCAAGAAGAUAAGAAUCAAGCUUGACCAAGGAGGUGUGAAGGAGACGAAGCAAGAGGAGGCUGAGACGAAUAAGACCAUUGAAGAGGACCGAAAGAUUCUUAUUCAGUCCGCCAUGGUCCGUAUCAUGAAGGCAAGGAAGAGGAUGAAGCACGCGCAGCUCGUGUCGGAGACCAUCACACAGAUCAAGUCGAGGUUCAAUCCCAAGAUCCCAGACAUCAAGAAGUGCAUAGAAAUUCUCCUGGACAAGGAAUAUUUGGAACGUCUCGACGACGAGGAGUUGGGAUACCUAGCGUAG